AUGUAUUUUGCAACAGCGACGAGUCCUAUUUUGUUCAUCACUCUAUUCUUGUCAGUGGUUGAGACAAAAUCCUACAGACCGUUCCAGUUUAACCAGUAUAAAGCUGGGCCGUAUCCACACCAUGACCAGGGGAAACCCACCAGCAGACACAAGUGAGUUUCAUCUGGAUCUUAUACUGGCAAUUGUUAGAUAUUAGAAAUUAUACCAAUGUGUCUAACUUCCAUUUCUUCUUCUUUUGUCUUUUCUCCUAAAGGAAUCACUGCGCCUAUGUGGUUGAAAAGACUGUGUCCUUCACUGUGCAGGAUGGGGCAGCACCCUAUGUAAAAGCGGAGUACAACAAAUGUUCCUGGGGUCAAAAAUGUCCAACUCUUCUGUAAGUUUCUAGCAAUUAUAGCCUUUUGUCACAUAGCCAUUGACCAAAACGGGUGUAUUUUUUUUUUUACUUUUGAUAAAAAAUAAUAGUUAAAUGUAUUUGUCUGACAAAUGAUUGAUAAUUCCUUUCAGGUAUAGACUGAUGUACAAACCAUUCUACAAGGUGGCGCAUAAAACUGUCACUGAACUGGAGUGGCGUUGCUGUCCUGGUUACUCUGGUUAUGGUUGUAUGGAGGGACAUCCGAUUUACCAACAUCCCAUGAAAAUGAUGCCACCAUUUAAAGGCCCGCCAAUGAAAGGUCCACCAGUGAAAGGUCCCAUGUUCAAGGGUCCACCCAUCAACACUGUUAUGAAGGCCAACCCCUGGAGCCAACCCAAAGGACCUCCUAUGAGCAGUUUUAACUCCUACCAAAUGCGCCACUUUGGGCCCCCAAGCUCCUCCUCCUUUCCAGGCAACCCCUUCAACCCUUAUACCCGUCAGCCAAUGCCAGAACCAUUGCCAGAGCCAUUACCAGAGCACCAGGAACCACAUCACACAGAGGAUGAGCAUGGGCUUGAGCAUGAACAUGAACAUGGGCAUGAACAUGAGCAUGAACACGAGCACAGCCCAGGACCUGAGGAACACAUACCAGAGGAAAUCCCUCUUCCUUCCUCUGUUGAGGAACAGCCUGAGGGUGAGCCCAUAGGUUUGUCUUCACUUGACCAUUCUUUCAGUUUUUAACUUUGAAAUGCGUCAACACUAAAUGAUGGGACAGGUUUACAGCUUUUCUUUCUCCUUUCUCUUUAUAGGCCAGUCUCUUGACAGUGAGACAGAGGAGCGAAUAUUUCGAAUGGAGGAGGAUGUGCAACGUCUAAACCAAGGCUUGGAAACCCUGAGGGGAACUGUGAAUGGACUGGAAGAAAGUCUACGAGCCUCGCUGAGAGAAGAUGCCAACAGGAUGCUGUCAGCUCUACUCUCAGCUGCCCCUGGUCAUGUUCCUGCUUCAGUAGCAUCCUCUAGCCCAUCCACUGUUGGGUUUGUAGAGAUUCCUGUGGGAAAUCCUGCGACAGAGGGUCUAGAUGGCAGCCAUGUGUUUCCAGGCCUUACAGAGCUGAGUGGAAGGGUGGAAGAGCUAAGGGCAGAACUGCACGCCAAGACAGCAGAACUGCAAGAACUGAAAGCAACAGUGAUGGGACAUGAUGGAGCACUGAAGAAGAUGUCCAAUGGAGCAGGAGUGAUUUCAGAUGCUGCUGACAAUCGUGGAAGAAAUGCCUCACAAGCUCUGGAGAAGCUGAUGGACGCCAAGCUGAGUGAAGCAAGGACAGAAAUUCUUGGUGGGUUUGAGAAGCGUGUGGAGACUGCAGAAGGGCGAUGUGAGGAGAAAGCUGGGGAUGUGCGUCGUCAGUGCCAGAGGGAACAAGGUGAGAGGCAGGAGCAAAUGGAAGAUGCUUUGGAGGAGAGUAACACAGAUUUAAGAGUACAGCUGAGAAACCUCCAGGAGCAGAUCCAUGGUUUUAAGGCAGCAGAAGGAUGCUGCAGUAGUGUAAGUGGCCUUGUGAAGAGGGUGCAGCAGUUAGAAACAUCAGUGGCAGGCCUUAAUCAGUCCCAAGGGCACCUUAGAGUGGCACUGAGUGGACACAAGGACCACAUAGAGGGGAUGCUUGAAGGGCGUCUUGGAUAUGUAGAGGACAUGCUCAACUUGACAGGGAAGAUUAAAAAUGAUGAGCCUGGAAGGAGGAGUGGUGUCGCAGAUGGAUCCACGACAGGACAGGGCCUGGAGUCAAGAAUGGAGGGGAAGAUGAGGAGUCUGGAGUACCGCUUGCUGGCAGCCUUGGAGGAGUUGGGUAAUGCCACUGCUCCAGCGCUGCUGGAGGGUCAUGCUGUCCCUGCUCUUGAGACAGAACUAGAGUCACUCCAGGAGAGACUAGAGGUGGAUGUGGACAGACUGCAAAAGCAACUGAGUGGCCUUGAGAGUCUCUGCUCUUCUUCGUGUUCCUCACCUCAAAAGCCAGCCUCCAUCCAGGGAGACUCUGCUGCGCCAAGUGCUAACCUGGCUCAGGAGCAGGAUUUGAAAGCGGUCUUGGACAUGCAGGAAAACCGUAUGAGUAGCCUCAAUGCCACACUACAUAACAUCCUGCAGAGACUAACCCAAAAGGACCAGCAGGAUCAAGCAGAGGGAGAGCUCACAAUCCUCAAGUUCAAUGUCCGCUCAGUCAACCACACCCUAAAAAGCCUCCAAAAAUCCCUUGGGACAGUGGCCCAUCAAGUGGGUCAAGCCAACAGCUCCUGGUAUGAGAGAGAGUCUCGUCUAGCCCAGCAGAUAAAAGGUGUGGUUCAGCUGGUUGGACAUCAGGCCUCAAUGCUUGGAGCUGGUGAUCGCAGAUUGACUCGUCUUAAAGGUGAGCUGCAGGAGAUGAGAAGGCGGCUAGCUGAGGAGGUUCGGGGCUGCCGGAGUACAGCUUUGGGGGUCCAGAAAGUGGUAACUGAGGUCGGAGGACGUGUUGCCAGCGUGGAGGACCAGUGCAAGGGUCUGAACUCCUUAACAGAGGACUUAGAGAGAAUCAGGGAGGAGCUGGAGGGACAUUCCAGUGGGCUCCUCCUGCAAGUGAAUGGGACUCUCUCCAGCCAUGCUCAACAGCUGUCUGAGCUGAGAGCUGAACUCAGAAACUGCACCUCCAAGGUGGAGCCAACACAACAGACUUUAGAGCUGGAGACUGAGCUGAAACGAGGGGACACCUUCACUUUAAAUUAG